GCUCAAUAAAGCCACAGACCCAAGCAUGCCAGAACAGGAUUGGUCAGCUAUCCAGAACUUCUGUGACCAGGUGAACACUGAUCCCAAUGGCCCAACCCAUGCGCCCUGGCUGCUGGCCCAUAAGAUCCAGUCUCCACAAGAGAAAGAAGCUCUUUAUGCCUUAACGGUGCUGGAGACGUGUGUGAACCACUGUGGAGAGAAGUUCCACAACGAGGUGGCCAAGUUCCGCUUCCUGAAUGAGCUGAUCAAAGUGCUGUCCCCGAAGUACCUAGGGUCCUGGACCACAGAAAAGGUUAAAGGAAGAGUCAUCGAAAUCCUCUUCAGCUGGACAGUCUGGUUUCCAGAAGACAUUAAGAUCCGAGAUGCUUAUCAGAUGCUGAAGAAACAAGGAAUCAUAAAGCAAGAUCCUAAACUACCAGUGGAUAAAAUCUUACCCCCACCUUCUCCCUGGCCCAGGAGCUCCAUCUUCGAUGCUGAUGAAGAAAAGUCAAAGCUCCUGACAAGGCUUCUGAAGAGCAGCCACCCUGAGGAUCUGCAGGCUGCGAAUCGGCUGAUCAAGAGUUUGGUCAAGGAGGAGCAGGAGAAGUCAGAGAAGGUGUCCAAGAGAGUCAGUGCCGUGGAGGAAGUGCGGAGCCACGUGAAGGUGCUGCAGGAAAUGCUGAGCAGGUAUCGCAGGCCGGGACAGGCUCCGCCAGACCAGGAGGCCCUGCAGGUUGUGUAUGAGAGGUGUGAGAAGCUGCGGCCCACCCUGUUCCGGCUUGCCAGUGACACUGUGGAUGAUGACGACGCACUAGCGGAGAUUCUCCAGGCAAAUGACCUCCUCACCCAGGGAGUUCUGCUGUACAAACAGGUGAUGGAGGGCCGUGUCAUCUUUGGGAACACGGUGACCAGCACAGCAGGAGACACACCUGACUCCAGAGUCUUGCAGAGUCCAGCAGCCUGCCAGAGGAGCUGCCUGAUCGACUUGGAGCUGGAGGACAGUGAGUCUGAGCAGGCUGGGCCUGGGGCACCGUCUCUGCUUCAUCAGGACCUGGCAGCCUUAGGAAUCAGUGAUGCUCCAGUUACCAGCAAGGUUGCCGGGCAGAGUUGCUGUAAGGAAAAGAGGAAUCCUGCAGGCACACUGCCGGGUGGCGGUGUUCAGAGCCCAUCAGCAGAGAGGAGUGUGCUGGACCUCCUCUCCCCACAGCCACCUUUGGGCGCCCUGAAUUAUAUUCCACAGAAAAAUAUCCCCAAGGAAGUGCCACCAGGGACUAAGUCCUCUCCAGGUUGGUCCUGGGAGGCUGGCCCAUUGGCUUCGUCUUCCUCUUCUCAGAAUACACCUCUGGCUCAAGUGUUUGUCCCUUUGGAGUCUGUUAAGCCCAGCAGCCUGCCUCCGAUCAUUGUGUACGACCGGAACGGAUUCCGAAUUCUGCUCCACUUUUCCCAGACCGGGGCCCCUGGCCACCCCGAGGUGCAGGUGCUCCUGUUGACCAUGAUGAGCACUGCCACCCAGCCUGUCUGGGACAUCAUGUUUCAGGUGGCCGUGCCAAAGUCAAUGAGAGUGAAACUGCAGCCGGCAUCCAGCUCCCAGCUCCCAGCGUUCAGUCCUCUAAUGCCUCCAGCCGUGAUCUCUCAGAUGCUGCUGCUUGACAAUCCACACAAAGAGCCAAUCCGGUUACGGUAUAAGCUGACAUUCAACCAGGGUGGACAGCCUUUCAGCGAAGUUGGAGAAGUGAAAGACUUUCCAGACCUGGCAGUCUUGGGUGCAGCCUAACUUUUCUCAAGACACACCCUGCCAUUCAAGUAGAAUGCUGCUGGCACGUGUUCCGGAAGAUCUUCUAAAUGGAAUGCUUGUCGCACUGUUUUCCAGGCAAGAGGCUGCACGGACCAGAGGACCACACUGAUGGGCCAAUCAUGUUCUUCACCACUGUGCCUUAGAAUCACCCACAGCUGGGCCUCAGGGCAGAGGGGAACGCAGAUCCCAGGCCUUAUUCCGGCUGUAGGUUCCAAGGGUUGUGCAGCCUGUCGGCCCUUACUCAGGACCCUCAUCUCCAUCCUGUCUUCACAGGCAGGUACUCAGAGCCUGUGUGACACAGUGCCAGUCAUUGUCAAUUGCAGUUAGCAGGCUCCCCCUCGUCUGUUGCCUUUGCAACCCAAGAUGAACUGUGAGCAAAUAGAUAUGAAAAGAGCUUAGCAGUGAUUUAAGUGGUGGCUAAAUACAGAAAGUCAUUGAAUAAAUACCUGUGUAGCAAAUAUACUUUGUGAAGUUUUGAGUAAGUAGGAGGUGCAAAGCCCAUUGCAUUCAGAGAAGAUCGGCCCAAAGGGAACUGGCCUCUAUUGAGGACGGAAGGAAGACUUCAUGAGGGAUCAGGACCUCAGUCCUUCAGUGAAGACACAAGCCCCUGGGUCUGAACAGUGCUGGAAAGAGGUGUGGAUUUUUGUUACAUUCACAGUUCAAAGGAAAAUCCAGGUGUAUAAUGAAUACUGAGCACCCACUCUGUGCUUGAUUUACAAGUCCUGCGUGGUCUGGUUGGUGGGCGAAGAAAGCUGACCCUGCUGAUGGCCUGGGGAAGGACUGAAGUCCCAGCAGCUCACCGGUGUGGGCAGGAUUCUACCUCAGAAACUGCAAGGCUCCGUUUGGGGCUGUUUAUCACAAAACGCAGCACUCCACAGGCUGAUCUUUCACCGUCUACAUCUAGCUGGAAAUCUGCCAACACUGAUUGGUGGGGAAAGGUGCUAUAAAAGAUCAAGGCAUGCUAAUUUUUAAGCAUAUGAGAAAACUCAUAAAACA